AUCUAAAAAAUACAAGUGUAAAAAAUUAAUUUAUGAAACGUAAAAAAAACUGUUAAUAUUUAAUAAGAAAAAUUAAAGUAUAAUUAGCAUAAAUAUUUGCAAAAUAUCGAUAUAAUGGAAACGGAAGUGACCUCCACAACGAAUGAGGAGUCCAAUAAUUUAAAAAAUAAUGUCAACAUCGUCCAAUCAAUAAAUAAGGAAUUUUCCAACUUAGAAAAUAUCGAACUACAUAAUAAUGAAUCAUCAGAAACUUCUUCGAAUGAAACUAAAAUAAUCAACAACAAAUCAGGAGCCUCACCCAAAUUGUUGUCAGAAGAAAAUCACACAACGAAUUCUCCCCAUAAAAGUGCAAAUGCUGGACAAGCGCGCGUAGAUGAGUCGACAUCUGGUGAUUGCCAAUAUUUUUUUGAAGAUGAAAUAUUUCGUAUUGAUAAGAAAGGUCGCGUUAAAUUUGGGUUAGUCCUUGAAACACCUGGUACAUAUUCAGGUGACGAGGACGAUGAAUUUGAUGAAAUUUUAGAUAAGGGUGAAAUACGUGUUGUUUGGUAUCCUGAAUUUAGGGAUACCAUACAAUCGGAAAAUUCGAUUGGCUUAGCCGAUCGGACUUUAAUGCCUGGUGAUGUGGUCAGACGUUUAGUGCCGGGAAAAGAAACCCAAAGAGGCUAUUGUCGUGAUAUCAACAUGAAGGCCGACGUAAAGGUGCUAGGAACCAAAUUUGUUAUUAAAAAUGUAAACGCUGAGCGUUUAAGGGUUAUUUCUAACUGGCAACGCGAUGGUGCUGUUUGUUUGGAUUCAUGGAUGGGCAGCACAAAAGAUGUGGAAGAAAAAGCCAUACUAAGAACGGCCUCAGGAUGUCGUAUUGAAAUUUCAUCAAAUGAUUUUUAUAAUUUUCAAGAUUUAUAUUCACGUCGUCAACGCGACAUCUUUAAUCCCAAAGUUUUUUAUCCCGGCAAUACGAUUAUAGGCAGUCUACCACCAAUGGAGAAUAUAAAAAUUCUAACGCCCGAUAUACCACUACAUACAAAUAAAAAGGGUAAACCCUUAACCAGAAAGUUUACUAUAGAAAAUCUUUACACCGAUUGCGUUUGGGUUAAUUGGCAAUGUAAAGCUCUAUCGGAUGAGACAAAUUUAGAUGACAUUACCGUACAACCGAAUCCCUGUGUAACGGGCGAUGAUCUAAAACGUUUGAAACGUUUAAAUCUGUUCGAAUCCUGUAUGCUGCAAAUCGUUGAUCGUAAUUAUUUAACCUAUUCUUCCUGUGAUACACUAGUCAAGAAAACCGACUGGGACAAGGAACAGUCAGUGAAAUUUAAACAAAUUCUACAACAACAAAAGGAGGAAAAUCAAAAAAUCUUUGUGCGCACCUCUUUUACCGGCUCAACGGGCACGACCGGCUCUCACCAUCAUUAUGAGAAAUUCAAGAAAAAGCUUAGUUUGAGUCUUGACGACAAAACGAGCAAUAAAUUGAAGAGAAAUCUCUUUAAAGGCGAUAAAUUGGGUAAGAGGGAAACCUCACAAGAAAUGGCCCCACAAGACAAACUUACACCGAAAAGUAAUAAGGAUACCGAAGCAGAUGCAGAUGCCGAGUGGCUUUCCACAGAAGAUGAGGCCGAAAUUGAUGAAGAUAAAUGUGAUAUUAAUGCCAUGGAUAUUGAUAAUUUCGUUGAGAAUCUCAAACAAUAUACGGAAGAUUGUAUUAGUACUACAACAACAAUGUCAACGUGUUCAAGUCCCUCGCCCCACACGAGUCCCAAGCAUUUGACCAAACGUCAGCUAAAGAAAAAGACUCGCAAAAAUUUCAAAAAACCCUUUUUAGCCGAACCUUGUGCGGAUUUCAAUCCCAAAGAAGGCGAUGAACUUGUCACGGAAGCUUUGUUGGUUUAUAGUACUGCUACGGUGGUGUGGCAAGAUGGCACCAUAGAAUCGGAUAUACCCUCAACGCAAUUGUAUCCCAUACAUCAUUUGGAUAAUCAUGAAUUUUUCCCGGGAGAUUUUGUAAUAUCCGCAAAAGAAGAUCCAGAUUUUAAUCAUCGUGAUUAUGGUGUCAUACAAACCGUAGAUCAUCAGGGUAGAAUAGCUCACGUUAAAUGGUUUACCACUUAUUCAAAUGCCGAUGAGCCGAAACCCUCAUACAAUGGUGAAACGGAAUGUAGUGUUUACGAUCUAAAAGAUCAGCCAGAUUUUCAAUAUCGUCCCGGAACCAUGGUUAUACGUGUGGCCAAUUUCGUUGGUGAAGAUGCCAACUGUACAGCUGGUCAAGUUAUUGAUAAUUAUAUUGAUGGUCGUGUUAAGGUGUGGUGGGUUGAUGGUCACAUUAGCCUGUGUUGGCCACAGGAUCUUUUCGAAAUGGGGCAAUUGGAUCAAAUCGAUUUUAGUCAUGCCUCAGAGGAUUCAUGGGAAACGGAAUCGGAAAAUAGCGAAGUGGGUUGUGGUGGUGGCAGCAGUCUUAAAUUGUCCAUAGCUGAGUCACAUAUUUUAACGAAUAUCGAAAAAGCUCGUGUGGCUCUUGCUCGUUUGCAGGAGAUUUUCAAUAUAAGUCCAAAUUUACAAAAUCCAGAGGUAAUGCGUAAAUUGUUGACGGUUUAUAAAAGUUGUCGCUUUUUAGAUCGUCUUUUAAAUACAAACUUCUUCCAUGAAGAUCAUUUUAUGGGUCUUAUUGAACGUGUUCGCAAAGUUGGAUCUCAGUCAAUAAACGAACGUGUACAAGAACAAAAAAAUCGUUUAUUCAGUGACACUUUACAAGCCACUUCUCCAAGUCCCAAUAAACAUCAGCAACAGCACCAACAUCAAUACAAUGCUAUAGUGUUAAAAAUAUCAGGUGUUGGUAAAAACAACUUCAGCCAUAAUGGAGAUGGUGUUGGGGUUGGUGGUGAACACAAAUGUCAUCAAUCACAACAACUGGAAAACAUAUCGGCAGCAAGUUCGGCGACUGCAUCAAAGGAAUUUACUCCUCGAUUACUUUUAACUAUAUCAUCAACGCCUUUCAAAUGUCCCAACAGUCAUAAUCAUAACACUAACGCGAGUGCUCAAUUAACUUCUUCGUCAUCUCUUAAAAGGCGCUGUUCUCCAGCAGCAGCAGCUAAAGAACCUCAAACUAAAAAGACGGAAGAAGAUGUGCCAAUCGCCGCUGCAACUACUGAUAAUGAGAAACACAACAGUCCUCCUAACGCAGAGACAAAUCUGUCGCCUUCAUUGGAAUUUUCUCCCAAUAAAAAUAAACAAUACAAUGCUGAAAAGAAUCAACUCUUAAAUUCGGUAAUGAUGAAUAUCGAGAAGGCCUUUGAGAAAACAAGUCAUUUGACUGCUACGUCAAAUGACUCUGGCAAUUAUUCUCGUAAUGAAAAUUGUGAUGGUAGUUCUACCAGUUACACUAGUUCCUCGGAUUUAAUCAAUAUAGAUACGAAUACUUCCCUCACAAAGCCAAACGAUUAUCCCAAAUCAAUUAAUCAGUCAAGUAGUAGUAUAGAAUUGACUGAGGAAGUUCCGGAAUUGGUAUGUGUACGUUUGUGCUCAUUGCUUAAUGAACAAUUGGUCAAGUGUCUCAAUGAAAUAUGUGAGAAAUAUUAUAAAGAUGAUCAACAGAAUUUGAGUGAGGUCUUAAAGAUUGAUUUAAUUAGCAAUGAUGAUGAGACCAUAGAAACUUUAAUUGAUAUUGAGGUCGAUCAAGUGACUGUAGAAUCUCAUAAAAAUGAGGAGAAGGUUGUUAAAACAGAAGAAGUUGUAACAGCAGCCAAACAGGUGACUGAAGACAGCACUACUGCAGCAACACCAAAUCCCUUAGAACCUGCCACGGAUUCGUCUAACUUAUCUCCAACAACGACAGUUAAUGCUAUAUUGGAAGCUGGUAUUAAUGUAUUAAAUGUCAAUCAGGAAUGUUUUCAAGUUCUCUCCAAUGCUCCUAAAAAUCAUAAAUAUCAAUUAACCAUUUUCCAUCCAAAUAAUACUCACCAAUACUACAAGGCUGUGCAACGAGAACAUCGUAUGUUGAAAACGUCCUUACCUCCUGGUGUAUAUGUAAAAGUUUAUGAAGAUCGUAUGGAUUUGCUAAGUGUUAUGAUUGAGGGUCCCAAAUAUACGCCCUAUGAGGAUGGCAUGUUUUUCUUUGACAUCCAGCUGGGCCGUGAUUAUCCCAAAACUCCACCACUGUGUCACUACAUUAGCUACUGUUCUGAUCGUCUUAAUCCCAAUCUUUAUGAAGAUGGCAAAGUGUGUGUUUCAUUGUUGGGCACUUGGAUGGGCAAGGACACUGAAAUUUGGGGUCCCAACAGCACACUGUUACAAGUGAUUGUUUCCAUACAAGGUCUUAUAUUAGUACCAGAACCCUACUUCAAUGAAGCUGGCUAUGAAAAACAAAAAGCCACUCAACAAGGCAAAGAAAAUUCUCGCAUGUACAAUGAAAUGGUCAUUAUUAAAAUGGUACAGGCUACUACGAAGUUAAUACAAAAUUCUCCCGAAAUAUUCCGUGAUGAAAUACAAAGUCAUUACAGACAGAACGGCCUUAAAAUGUAUGAACGUAUAAAGGGUUGGAUGGAAUUGUCGAAACAGAAAAAUGCGAAUACCAACGGAAAUGCUAAGCACGAUCCAGAUACCAGCGAACAUGUAGAACCGGCCAGCAAACUAUACCCUUUACCAGACUUUCCUUUGGUACCGGCAAGUCGUGGUUUUUGUUUAACUUUGGCUGGACUUUUAGAAAGUUUCAAACAAAGAAUUAACUAUUUAAAUGAAACUACAACAGCAACACAGAAAACGGAAACUACAACUAAACCAACAACAACAAAUACAUUUGAAUAGCCUUAUUUUAUUAAAAUAAAACCAACUUAGUCGAAUUCAAUUUCAAUUAUAGGCCUUUAGAACAAAGAAUAAAAACAAAAGAAAAAAUAAACGAAAUAAAAGAAAAACUAUGGUGCUAACGCCUUGGCAGCAACUAAUAGCACUUAUUAAAAGUAUUAUGAAAAAUUUAAAUUAAAAAAAAAUAAAAAAAUGUUGUGUAUUUUCUAUUAUUAAAGUAAAAUUUUCACUUUAAAACUUAAUAAUAUAAUAUUGUAUAUUUUAGUAAAUUUAUAAUAUUAUACUCUACUAUAUUUUAUUAGCUAUUCCAAAUAAUAUUAUCUUAUCAAAGAAAAAAAUAAUCUCAUAAAAAAUUAUUCCAUAAAAAAAUGAAAAAAAAAUUAAAUAAUAAAAAUAUUG